UUCAGGUGAUAAAGCCACCAAUCCUUAUGUAUAUAUAUACAAAGUUUACAAAACUUACACGAAUAAUAAACAUGGCUGCUGAUAAAAGAGGUAUAAUUUAUGACGUUUGGGAUACAAACAAUACAAAAUCGUUUGCGAUCACCCUUCAAAAGUAUCUGACGAAAAAAGGAUAUAACACAUCGAUCACAACAAGUCUCAGCGAGGAGAAAAGCUGCCCUAUUAUUGCAUUAUGUUUAUUGCACUCUCGUCCUGAAGCUGAUAUAAACUACACAUUGAAAGACUUAAAAAAUGAGUGUAGUAGAGGUAUAAUCCUUGUUUUGCUGCAUUUUCGGAGUAACGACACGAGGACUAGUCUAUAUGAGGGUUUAUAUAAAAAGGAUUAUCCAGGUGUAACUGUUCAUGAUUGUUUUCUCCAGCAAAGUUUUGAAAACAUGAAAGACGUGAAUAAGAAAAUAAAGAAAGAUUUAAAAGAAAGGCGUGGGAGACAGCAAGAUAAACAUGUACAAUUAACAGCGAUUAAGCGAUUGAGUGGAAUAUGAAUAAGAUAUAUUUUUGUUUUGGGGGUGUUGUUGUUGUUGUUGUUUAAAAACACAAUAUUAUUAAUCGUAGGUUGUUCUUUUAACAGAAGCUCUUUUGUUUAAUUAUAUUGAAAUAAGUUCUCUAUCACAUGAUAUCUCAUAACUGAAUACGGAAUCCAUCGUGGAUAUAAUUUGUAAGGUAGAGCUUUUUCAAAUUCAAAACUAAUAUCUUUUGACUUUCUUUAUUUCAUCAUUUAAAGUUUGUCAAUGAAACUAUUUACAAUACCAUAUUUGUAAAAACAUUUAUAUUGCCUUUGAACAGAUUUAUUUCUUUAACUAAACUGCUUUGUCGGAUACCACAUCGGGUUAACUAAUACGUCUGUUUCAUUAUAGGUUUACCAAUCAUUUCAAUUUUUCUUGUUAUCCAAUCAUUGUCCAAUCAUUGUCGCAACAGACAAACAUUUCAGGCUUUCAGACACAUAACAAGAACAUGGAGAAAAAAAUGAUUAGUGCUUCGGAUAUUCAACUGUAAUAGAGAACGAUUUUCAAUUCAGAUUUUGUGCAUUACCUGUGACUGUUCACUUCAUUUGGCGGCGUCUUUGAUAUGCAUCAUCAUCAUUUAACUUGUUACAUUGCUGCUAUACAUAUUUACAAACUGGGAUGAAUUUGGAGUCAAAUUUACAAUAUUGGUCUUAUUCCCGGUUUAGCAAUACAGCAGACACAGCUUAUGCUCUUUGAAAUAUAGUGAUUUUUAACUCUAUAAUUAAAUAUCGUGUACAUUGAUCUCGUUAUGUAUAAUAUGAAAACAGUCAGAUAAAAAUUAUUAAUGAGUGUUACUUAGGUUUAAAACAUUACUGGUUUUCAGAUGGAUUUGUUUUUCACCAAUUAUCAACGUUAAACUGGUCAUCUGGGCGAAUUUAAACUUUGAAUAAGUUUAUUAUUUUGAAAUCGCACAUCUACAGUACUGUGUUUGCAAACUUUGCAAGAUCAUUGCUUUUAGAAAAAAAUGAUGAAAAGGUUUGACAUUUAAGUAAAAAUAAAGAGGCAAAUGUCGGGUUUGCAUAAC